GUUUUCAGGAUGAACCGUACCGCUUUCAACCGCUUCUUGGCUCUUAGUCGUUUUGCACAAAAGCGUCACGGGCACGGACAUCACGUCGCCAACCCGGGACCACCAUGCACCUUCGACUUGAUGCCAGUGCCAUUCCAAUCUUACAAGAAGGUCUACGGCGAGCUCCAGGGAAAGUUCAACACCUAUCUUGCAGUGUCAGCGGUUUUCUUCGCUUCGUCGUUCGCCACCGCCAUCUACACUAACCUCUUCGCCUUCGAAGAAGCCAUCAGACCACCACAGAGCUAUCGCAAUCGCAAAUAAAUGCUCAUUUGCCUCGAUGAUCGAUUUAUUUCUUUAUUGUAUUCACCAAUUUUUAGUUUAGCCGAAUAUGUCGUGACAACUUUCUGUGGUUUCGCCUUAUGUGGCAAAUGAACAAUUUUUGACUGUUGUCACUUCCGUCGAUUGUCUAACUGUUUUAUCGA